CAGCGAAAGCCCAAUCUUUCCGGGACCAACCGCACUUCUAUAUAUAUACAGAGAAUCUACCCUAUCUUCAGAGUUAGGGUUUUACGUAGCGGCUGCAUCCGUUUUCUCUUCAUCUUCUAGCUGGAAAAACCCUCGUCAACUUUACUCUGCAACAAUGGGGAAGACACGUGGAAUGGGAGCUGCCCGCAAACUGAAGUCCCACCGAAGGAGGCAAAGGUGGGCUGACAAGGCAUACAAGAAGUCCCACCUUGGCAAUGAAUGGAAAAAGCCAUUUGCUGGGUCUUCCCAUGCCAAAGGCAUUGUUCUUGAGAAGAUAGGUAUUGAGGCCAAGCAGCCAAACUCUGCAAUCAGAAAAUGUGCAAGAGUUCAACUGAUUAAAAAUGGGAAGAAGAUUGCUGCUUUUGUUCCCAAUGACGGUUGCUUAAACUAUAUCGAGGAGAAUGAUGAGGUUCUGAUUGCUGGAUUUGGACGUAAGGGUCAUGCUGUCGGAGAUAUUCCUGGUGUUAGAUUCAAGGUAGUGAAGGUCUCUGGUGUCUCCCUUCUGGCACUCUUCAAGGAGAAGAAGGAAAAACCAAGGUCUUGAGUUUGCAAUGGAGACUACUAUAGUUUAUUGCAAUUUCUUUUAAGGACUUAAAAUGCUUCUCUUUAUUUUUCAGUGUAUCUGCUGAACAAAUUUCAAUCGUUAUAGUUAUUGUAUUGAAUAUUUUUUGAUAUGGUGUGCGCAGUUAAUUGUACGGCGUUAUAAAUUGCUUUUUAAGUUGUCUAA